CCAACAGUCCCAAUUUCCCCUCUCCUUCCUCCACACGGCGACACCACGCCGUCCUUUGGGGGAGGGAAGGAAACGUUAACGGCAGCGCAUUCGAUAGCCAACACGUUCACCGACUCACACUAGAAUGGCCAACAAUGGCAGAGAGCAGAAACGUGGCGUUCCACGUCCACCACCAUUGUCGCUCUUCAUCGCCAAGGAGCAAGAAGAGGUCGUCUCUACGACACCACGCAUGACGCGGACAAAUUCGGUCAUCGGCAGCAGCAACAACAAGAAGAGGACGCUGUCCAAGCAGCUUUCCAUGAAGGAGACCACCCGGGAGGUCAAGUGGGAGAAGCGGCGGCGCCAGAUACAACGGCAAAGGAGUAACAUGAGUGAUGCUGCUGACCAUGUUUGCACCGUGCAUGCCAAUGCAAAGGGCGUGACUGAUGAAGACCUUGAUGAGCUCAAGGGAUCCAUGGAGCUUGGUUUCGGCUUUAAUGAGGAGAACGGAGGCCAGAACCUUUGUGACACGCUCCCCGCCCUCGACCUCUAUUUCGCUGUCAACCGGCAAUUCUCAAACCCCAAGAUGUGGGCGUCCAGCUCCAACAAGUCAUUGCCUUCCCUUUCUUUGCCGACGAGGUCCACUUCCACAUUCUCUGCCACUUCGAGCCCAGCGGGUAGUCCUACAGCCCAACCAUCGCUCCUGGACUCAUUGCAGAUUUGCAGCCCAGGUGAAAACCCUAAGCUUAUGAAGACAAGACUUAGGCAGUGGGCUCAAGUCGUGGCUUGUUCCGUGAAGCAUUCAAGCUGAGACCGCUAGCUGCAAUUAAAGAUAUCUCCCAGCAGAACAAUGGUUCCUCUAUGAGGGAUGCAUUGGAUGGAGAAUGAGAGGACAUGACCGGUGGUACCUACUAACAUGUGGCCGUUACCUCAUUGCUCUCAUGAUGCCCAUGGUUGUUGUGCAUAGUUCAGUGUGUGUACAUGUGUUGGCAACAUUUAUGUGCCGUUCCUGCAUUGACACAGGACAACAUUUGAUCCAAGGACAUUCUUCUCAUGGAUCGACUUCUUUAGAUGCUUAGCUCUUGCUAAUCAA